CCAAUCCUAACUAACUUCCAGGGAAGCGGUGGUGAAGUUUGAAGAAGAAAAUUCAGACUUUGUAAACAGUCAAGAAGCUCGCCAAGCUGAAAACUGACGCACCCCCAACUAGGCAGCCGCUAUGGACGAUUUAGAUGCAUUGCUGGCAGACCUAGAGUCUACGACAUCCCACAUCUCAAAGCGACCUGUCUUUUUGCCCGACGAAACCCCUUACUCCAUCCCUACAGGACACUCUUACCAAGAUGUAUCAGUGCCACCACCAGUCCCUCCUCCACCCUCAGCCGAGGCUCUGAAUGGGUCCCUGACAGAUCAACCAGACUCUCAUCACUCUUCUCAGCAGUCUUUGGGUUCAGCCCAGAAGAGCUCAUGGUCCAGGGACAGUAGCAGUUCUCCAUUGUCUCACACUGAAGAGGACCACGUUUACAGUUUUCCAAACAAGCAGAAGACAUCAGACUCGUCAUCAGCAGCCAUGAGCUCUGCCCUGGGCAGUAACCUCUCCGAGCUCGACAGGCUUUUGUUGGAACUUAAUGCGGUGCAGCAGAGCUCCCCUUCCUUCCCCACUACAGAGGAGGCAGCUCCACCCUUACCAUCCUGCAGCAUCACUCACUAUGAGAAUGGCAGUGCUCCUGACAUCCUCGUAAGCCCCCCGCAACAGGAGAAACCAAAGAGAAACGGGACAAGACUGGAGGAGGCCCGGCCCACGGUGGAAAGUCUUCUGGACGAACUGGAGGGCUCAGUACCUUCACCGAGCUCUUCCACUCGACACAGUGAUUUGGAUACGUCAUCUCAGCAGCAAGCAAGAAUUUCAGCUUCCUGUGCCACAAGAGAGCUAGAUGAACUGAUGGCAUCUUUGUCUGACUUUAAGCCCAGUUCUUCUGGGUCUGCACUAGAUCCUACAGGGACAUCUUCCUACUGUCACCAUCCUUCAGUCUCUUCCUCUGUUACUCCAGUGGCUUCUUCUUCUCUUAGUCUGUUCCACCAGCCUGCCUCUCCUCUCCUCUCUUUAAAUUCUGGUCUAGAGCUGCACAUAGAUGAGGAUAGAGGAGAUGGUGGCCUGCUGAUGCCCCAUCUAGGCUGUCUCCCUCCUCACAGUCCUGCAUCCUCACUUUCUGCCGCCAGUGACAUGGACCUGGACUCUGUUAUAGAUGUCUCUGCUACCAUGCUGGCAUCCCAAACAAAAUCGCUGCUAGUGCUCUCUCAGUUGGUUCCGUCCAAUUCCAGUUUAUUGAGAAGUAGCCCAAGUCCUUCCAAUACCACCUCCCCCUCACUAACCUCAGUUAUCACUGUCCUGGACCACAAGUCCUCCAAGUCUCCUAGUCCAUCUUUUGAGCGGAUCUCCCCUCCAGCUACUACUGGUAAAGCAUCUUAUGCUCCUGAGUCUAUGAGCAAGGGGCCUGCUUGUUUCCAUGACCAUGAUUUAAAUUUUUCUAGUUCACCUCCUUCAAAAAGCCUCACUCCCCCUCUCUCAACUCCUUCCCCACUCCUUGUUGCUGUUUCUAUAGCUUCACCUUCUGUGCCUGCCUCAUCAAAAACGUCCUCGCCAUGUCCAGCCUCUCCAUUGAAGGUUCCCUCUGCGCUGACCUUCACCAGCACCACAAGAGAACUGUUGGAAGUAACACCUGCAGCUCAGAGUGACAUCCCCCCUGUUUUGCCACAACCUUCUGUAGUAGAGCCCUCCCUGGAUGAGGCACUAGACAAGCUGUUGGCAAUGAGUUUUGCACAAAAUCAUACAACACAUGAGGAGCAACCACAGCUGAAGAUUGAGAUGCAUCCCCUUGGCAAUGGAAUGCCGGAGGUGCAUGAGGAGCUUAUCCUGCCCAUGGACAGAAGCAGCGUGCAGCCUGACACUUUCACCAUUGCCACCAACACCAUUACAGAUGACUCAGUGGAUGGAGGCACUGAUGGGAAUGGAGAUCUGGACUGGGCCGAUGAGGAACUGUCCAUGUCCUUACACGAUGGACUGGAUGGCACCAUGACACCUUACACAGAGAGGCUGUACACAGAUGGCAGCAUGACCCCGCUGACAGAAGCCAGCUGGAUGGAUGAGUCCAUGACCCCCUUCUCAUGCCCUGGGACCCCUGAUGUUGCCCUGGACCUACCUCUGCUUCAAACUCCCACUUUGGACAGAGUCUCUGCAACAGGACAUAUAAAAUCAGUGAUUAGGCGCACUAAGGAGACUCCCAAUAUCCACCCCAUGUACCGGGAUGGUCACCUGCGCAGGAAGAUGGGACCCAUGAUUGUAAACAAGACCUCUUCUCAGGACCGUCUUAUAGAGGAGCUUCAGGGUAAGCUUGGGAUCGCCCGCUCGGAGCGGCGGCGCAAACAGUCUGAUGACUGGCUGACUGACUGUGUCGUCAUCACAUCUAAACCUCAGCGUUUCCGUCCCGAGGGGUUCAGCAGUGAGGUUGACAAGAUCAUAAUUCCCCCUGAGUCACCUGUCUCUAUCAGGAAGGUGCUCCCACCUCUCUCUCCCCCUACCCCUGAUCGCCCUCCUGUUGUAGAAGAACCAAACAGACCACUCCCAGUACAGCAGCGCCCUGUUCCAAUGCCACCACCCCCUCCUCCACCUACCUCCACCUCUGCCACUCCCCAGACUACCCACAUUCAGGAACCAGUUCCCCUUGCACCUCAGCAGAUUAUAAAAGCUUCCCCUCCACCUGUCCAAAUUAGGGACUCUCCCACCCCCAAACCAGAGCCCCCUCCUCCUGUCCUCAACACCCCAGCUUGGCCACCACCAGUGGAGCCGGAACAACCAGCUGCACCCAAAGUCCUGGUGUCUGUAGGCUGUCAAACAGAAUAUGACCCAAUCUUCCCUCCAAUGCAGAUUAUGGCCCAAGGGAAAGGAGGUGUUCCUGGUGGGCCCCUGACACAGGUAAACAAGCUGGACAACAUGCUUGGUAGUCUGCAGUCUGACCUCAACAAACUUGGGGUGCAGACAGUAGCCAAAGGAGUUUGCGGUGCCUGCUGUAAGCCAAUUGUGGGACAGGUGGUGACUGCCAUGGGCCGCACAUGGCACCCUGAACAUUUUGUGUGUACACACUGUCAAGAGGAGAUUGGCUCCAGAAACUUUUUUGAGCGAGAAGGCCAGCCCUACUGUGAGAAAGAUUACCAUAAUCUGUUCUCUCCACGAUGCUACUACUGCAACGGGCCCAUACUGGAUAAAGUUGUGACGGCGCUGGACAGAACAUGGCAUCCUGAACAUUUCUUCUGCGCUCAGUGUGGAUCCUUCUUUGGCCCAGAAGGUUUUCAUGAAAAGGAUGGAAAAGCAUAUUGCAGGAAGGAUUACUUUGACAUGUUUGCACCGAAAUGUGGCGGCUGUGCCAGAGCCAUUCUGGAGAAUUACAUCUCAGCCCUCAACUGCCUUUGGCAUCCAGAGUGUUUCGUUUGCAGGGAGUGCUUCACUCCGUUUGUGAAUGGAAGUUUCUUCGAGCACGAUGGCCAACCUUACUGUGAAGUGCACUACCACGAGCGGCGUGGCUCCCUCUGCUCCGGCUGUCAGAAGCCCAUCACAGGACGCUGUAUCACAGCCAUGUCCAAGAAGUUCCACCCGGAGCAUUUUGUCUGUGCCUUCUGCUUGAAACAACUCAACAAAGGCACUUUCAAAGAGCAAAACGACAAACCCUACUGCCACGGCUGCUUCAUCAAACUGUUCAGUUAGAGAGUUGGGGAGUAAACUUCACUUUAGGUCAGGCUUUAGAUAAGUGUCUAAAUCAUUUUAGCACAGUUGGGUGUGAGAAUGGAUUUUGUUUGUAUCAAAGAAAGCUGUCCUCUGGUGACCAUGGCUUUGGAAGUUUGUAUGAGUUGGGUUUGUGCAUGUGGUUGAAGCAGCGUUUUGCCAGAUCAAAUGAGUCUUGUGUCCUUUUGAAAUUGGGGAAAAACAUUUCUUCUAUGUGCUGACAGCAACUUAUUUCUGUGUUGUUUUGAGUUGGUCAGGAAACGCGAUGCAGACAUAUUUAGAAUUUAAAGGACAUUUUCCAAGGGCAGCAUAGUCAUUCUUUUUGUAACCCUCAAAUCAUUGUGUAUUCAAAUCUUUGAAGUUUGUGUCUUUUAGAAGAUGAAUUCACACUGACACUGAAAUCCAUGAUAUACUGUGUGUGUGUUUGACAAUGCUGCUCACUGGCUGAGUGUGUCAUUUUAGAAACCAUAAAGCAGGGAACAGGUGACCUAUUGUUUUUAGCUUUUGCAUUUUUUUUUUUAAAUCAUGAGGACAAAAAGGCUUUUAGAUACUUCUGUGGUAAAUAGUUGGACAGUGUUACACCAGUGGUGCUGUGAUGAAUAAACUGACUGAAAAAUGGAUGAGUCAGCAUCACAGUUUUAAUGUGUGAACCGUCAUGUGACUCAAACACAUUUGUGUAUGAAUAUUAAGACAAGUGGAUAUCAUGUUACAAAGCAGCCUUUCUUUUACAGGUUAAUCAAUCAUUGAAUCAAUGUUCUAGUUUCUGUAAUCAUCUCAAUGCUGUUUUUAAGCUAAGGAUUAGUGAAUAUACAUGUUUAGUUGAUUUUUCAAUCAAACAAGUCAAUUUGCAGCCAUUUACAAAUUGCUGUUCAGAAACCGGGCUGCCAGAUCAUUCCUCAUCUCUUUUUUUCUGUUAAAAGCAAAAAUGGUUUCACAGAGUGAAGUGGAGCCGCACAAAGAUACUGGGAGUACAUGGUGUUUUCAUCUCUGGUGUACGCACCGUCAUUACUGUUUUGAGUCUAACCUGAGAAGGGUUUCGUAAAUAUCCAAAGCAGCUAGAUUAUGUUGAAUGUGCAUAGCAUUUACAUGUUUAGUAACCACUUUUCCAAUGAUGGGAGAUUUCUGCAGCGAAGGCAUAAUGAUGAAUAGAUAUUUUUGCUGUUUUUACUGUAUUGAGAAACUUAUGAAUGUUGAGCAGUACACUUCAUUUGUUUGUGAUGUUAAAUAUCUAUGCAACUGUGGAUUAAAAAGUUUGUAUUCCAACAUGUAUUAACAGGCUACCUGUGCCAUUGUAUCAGUGCCAUGUCUCAGAACUACCAAAUCCAGCAGGUCAAUAGUACACAGUUAUGUUGUCAUGUUGUUGGUCUGUGAGUCCACUGAAAUGUGUUGGCUGUUUGAGGGGAAAAAAAUCAUAGUGUUGUCAGAUUGAUGGCAAAACUAAGAUGACUAUUUCCCUCAGCAUCUGAGUAGCAUCUACUGUAUGAGCAACAGGUUGGGUCUCUAUGUUCAUGAUAAUUAUUUGGCCCUUCUUCUUGUUCAGGGAAUUCUGGAGCCUUAAUUCUGCUCUCACUCUAAAAUAUUGCGUUACAGGUUUCUCUUCUAAUCAGCAUAGUAGAGUGUUAUUUAACCAAAGCCAUACCUUCUUUAAAUUGUUUUUGUGUCUUUUUACUUUUCUUUUCACUUUGAAUGUCAGUCUAUAUGAAUAUGAAUAAUGAGAUUUCCCAGUUCUAGUCUGACCAUGCAAAUAAAGUCUGUUUUGCUAUCUACGUUA